UUCUCCCUUUCCUCUUUGAGCCUCUUAGGGGAUACUGACAAGGAAACUUUUCUCGAAUUCGGAGAUAAUUUCAUUUCACCAGAAUCACUUCAGGGUAAUGACACAGGUAAUUUCCUAAAGGUGGACAUUUUAACAUUUUCUUCAGAAAUCACUCAAGGACACAAAAACCGAACAUACUCCAUAUACUCCAAGGAUGAAUGAACAGGAGGCCAAUCCCUCAGCUGUGAGAUUCCAUAAGUCUUCAGGGUUGCAGAACCAAUUGAGGCCUGAGGAGACUCAAGAGCCCAGAGAAGCUGGCCACAGAGUGUGUUCAGUCCCCUGGCAGCUCAUUGUGAUAGUUCUUGGGAUCCUCUAUUCCCUUCGGCUGGUCAUUCUUACAGUGUUGGUGACAAACAUUUUUCAGUAUAGUCAAGAAAAAUAUAAACUGCAUGAAAUUCUGACUAAUCUCCACCAUAACUAUGACGUCACUCAAAAUGACAUGGACUUAAUGGAAAAACUACUGAGAAAUAAGCAAAUCAAUUGUAGUGCAGUCCUUGAUGUACUGGACAUAAACAGAGAACAGGAAAAAUGGUAUAGAGAAACCAAGACUGUUUUAAAUUCCUCUCAGCACACAGGCAGUAAAGUUGAAAUACACUGGUUCUGCUAUGGUAUAAAAUGUUAUUAUUUCAUCAAGGACAGAAAGACAUGGCUUGGAUGUAAACAGACCUGCCAGAAUUAUCGCUUAUCCCUUCUGAAGAUAGAUGAUGAGGAUGAAUGGAAGUUCCUUCAGCUCCAGGUUAUUCCAGACAAUUACUGGAUUGGAUUGAAAUAUGAUCAUACAAAAAGGGAAUGGUCAUGGAUUGACAAUGUCCCAUCUAAAUUUGCCUUGAACACAAGGAAAUACAAUGUAAAGGAUGGAGGAUGUUUUUUCUUAUCUAAAACAAAACUAGACAACAUUGACUGUUUGAAAUUAUACAGCUGUAUUUGUGGGAAAAGACUAGAUAAAUUCCCUGAUUGAUUCUCCAAUGAGUGUGAAAGGACUUAGUCUGCUGUGCAGAGAGAUAAUCUCGAAGAUUUGGGGAAUGCUCUCUGGAAUCUGACUUGACAGUGGAGAGGACAUCUUACAUCCUGGUGGAGACAAGACAGAUCUUCUGUGGUGCAUGGACAGGAUUUGCCAAAAAGCCUGGAGGAAUCUGUUCUGUUUUCUUAAAUUCCUAUAGAACUAAAUAAAAGAAAUCCCAAAUAAACA